AUGCUCGUCUUUCCGCUUCUCCUACUCUCAACUCUCUUCAUCCUAAUACCUCUGACACUAUGCGCUGAGGACUACUACAAGAUACUGGACAUCGAUCGGUCAGCUUCAGAGCGCGACAUCAAAAGGGCAUACAGAACACUAAGCAAAAAGUUCCAUCCUGAUAAGAAUCCUGGUGACGACUCGGCACGUAAAAAAUUCGUCGAUAUUGCUGAAGCAUAUGAUGUCCUAUCCACGGCUUCGACAAGGAAAAUAUAUGACCAGUACGGUCACGAGGGCCUACAACAACACAAACAAGGCGGAAGUGGUGGUAGACAUGACCCUUUCGACCUAUUCUCCCGGUUCUUUGGGGGUGGAGGGCAUUUCGGUCAUCAGGGCGGCCACAGACGUGGUCCUGAUAUGGAGCUCCGCCUCGACUUACCACUACAAGACUUUUACAACGGCAGAGAGAUAGAUUUCAAGAUUCAGAAGCAACAGAUUUGUGAUGCUUGCGAGGGCUCUGGCUCUAUUGAUGGAAAAGUGGAUGUCUGCAGCCAAUGUCAGGGCCAUGGCGCUGUAAUUCAAAAGCACAUGAUCGCUCCCGGCAUCUUUCAGCAAGUUCAAAUGGCCUGUGACAAGUGUGGAUGGAAAGGGAAGUCAAUUCGGCAUCCGUGUAAAGUGUGUGGUGGCAACCGAGUUGUCAGGGCCGAAGUUCCUAUAUCGGGCACUGUUGAAAGGGGCAUGGGCCAGGGAUCGAAACUGGUGUUCGAGAAUGAAGCCGAUGAAAGCCCCGAUUGGGUUGCGGGUAAUUUGGUUGUCACAUUGAGAGAAAAAGAGCCCAUCCUGGGUGAACAUGAGGCUCAGCGUACCGAUGGAACAUUCUUCCGGCGCAAGGGCAAGGACCUUUUCUGGAGAGAAGUCCUCAGCAUUAGAGAAGCUUGGAUGGGAGAGUGGACUCGAAACCUAACACAUUUGGAUGGGCACAUUGUACAGAUAGGUCGCAAACGAGGCGAAGUUGUCCAGCCCUUUACUGUGGAGAGGAUACCAGAGCAGGGAAUGCCGAUAUAUCACGAGGGCCAUAUCCACGAACAAUCUCCACAUGAUGAGUUCGGCUCGCUUUACAUUGAGUACAUUGUUGUUCUUCCCGACCAAAUGGAGAGCGGCAUGGAAAAAGAUUUUUUUGCCUUGUUCGAAAAAUGGAGAAAAAAGAAUGGUGUCGACCUCCAGGAAGAUUCGGGCCGGCCAGUCCCUCCAGAGGUUGAACAGCACGACGAACUAUAA